ACUCAUCCAGCUCAGCCAGUUCAAUCAUCGUAUUUUAAACAACUAUUUUCAUUGUCAUCCUGAGCCAGCAUCACAAUGUCAUCACUAUUAUUGCACGGCAAAGACCUCGUUGUCUGGGUCACAGCUUUCUUCCUAGUGGGCUCUGUUUUGCUUCUCGCAAGGAUUAUCUAUAACGUGUUCCUUCAUCCUCUAUCCCAUAUUCCUGGUCCCUUCUGGGCCCGAGCAACUGGUUUCCCAUCCUGGUAUUAUGCCACAACCGGCAGACGCCAUAUCUGGCUCUGGAAGCAGUUUCACAUCUACGGUGACAGGAUUCGUCCAGAGCCGAACACAGUACUGUUCUUGAACCCAGGAGCACAUAAAGAGAUAUAUGGCAUGAAGUCGAAUGUCCGACGUAGCCAGUUCUACACGGCUUUCAGGCGCAAGAAGCAUGAGACCAGCACGUUUAAUACUAUCGACGUAAAGGAGCAUGCCUGGAGACGCAAAAUACUAAACCUUGCCUUCACCGAAAAAUCUGUGGCUGCUGCAUGUCAUUUUAUUGUUGAGCAUGUGGAUCGUUGGCACGACCUUUUCGAGGAAGAAAAGUUCAACGACAAUGGGUGGUCUUCUCCACUAGAUUUUACGGAGAGGUUGAAUGCACUCAUCUUCGAUAUCACAGGUGAUCUUUGCUUUGGGAGGUCCUUCGAUGUCAAAGAACCCGGCGAGAACCCCCUAAAAGCGGUGCCCAACCUUACCACCGAAUAUAUGGCGUUCUAUUAUUCACUCUGCCGCUCUCCAUUCCUUAGCGUUAUGAACUGGCUAAAGCCUCGCGGCCUCGACCAUUUGUUCGACCUGAUUGUCCCUCCGACCAUCAAGCAGUACAACAAGUUUAUUUCCGAUAGCGUGACGCAACGAAUAGCAAAACAAAAAGAACAGCAAAAGAAACCAGAAGCAGAACGACGCCAAGAUAUAUUUCAUUUCCUAUUCGAAGCUCGGGAUCCAGAGACCAAUCAACUUGCUCUCGAUGAUAGUGCCUUACUAGCUGAGUCGAGCUUGCUCGUCUUCGCCGGAACCGAUACUACAUCUGUAACCCUCUCGUGUUUGUUCUUUUGUCUUUCCGGUAACCCGCAAAUAUGCGACAAACUUGUCGAUGAGAUCCUUGGAACAUUCGACUCGGCAGACAAAAUCGUAUAUGGACCAAAACUUCUGGCAUGUACAUAUUUGAAUGCUUGUAUCGACGAGACUAUGCGCAUAGCCCCGGCCCUAACUUGUGACCUCCCGCGAGAAGUGCUGCCUGGGGGACUCGUCGUUCAGGGAGAGCACUAUCCACCAGGCACGAUUGUGGGCACCGUCCCUUGGGCUGAUACACACAAUCCGAAUGUAUACGGCGACGCCGAAGUAUUUCGGCCUGAACGUUGGAUCGUGAAUGGUACAAAUCAAGAAGAGGUUGCACGGCUGAGAUCCCAUUUGCGUCCGUUCUCAUCUGGUCCAGGGGUCUGUGCUGGAAGAAAUCUAGCAUUGGCAGAGCUAAUGAUUACGGUGGCUCGGACGCUUUAUCGAUUCCAUAUAAGGAGGGCUCCUGGAUCAACACUGGGGGGUGGACAUCCUGGCCUAGGAUGGGGUUGCACAGACGAGAACCAGUUCCAGGUAUUGGACGCAUUUGUCUCCCUCCGUCAAGGCCCGGAGUUGCAGUUGAAGAAGAGGGAUGCCUGACCUGAUGUUGAUGACUAAAGUUCUUAUUUGUAUUCGGGAUGACAUUUCACAGCUAUUUCUCUAUCAAUAGUCUAUCUCACUCUUUUA